CACCAUGGCGCUCUCUCCACCAUCAGUCGCCCAAAUCUACACCAAAACAAGAACCAAAAAAGACAGUAAGAACACCAUGUCACCUGCUCUUUGCAUCCCUCCUCCGGUUCUCCGAACCCACCACCAUCAUCACUCAAGAAUCCAAAUCCCACUUCUGAGAUCCAACAUUACAACCAAACCCGCAAACCCCAUCUUUCAAAACCCUAAACAACUACGUUCAAGAUCAAGAAUCUCUACGGUCCGAUCAUGCCAACAAAAUCCUGGAGAAUCCCUUCCAUCAAACACCAGAUUGGAAACUCUGUUGUCUGCUGCAGCAAGCUUGUAUCCAGUUUAUGUGACAGUGGGAGGUGUUGUUGCUUUCUUAAAGCCUUCAACCUUUUCAUGGUUUGUAGAGAGAGCUCCUGAUUCUUACAGCUUUUCACUUGGCUUUAUUAUGCUUUCCAUGGGUCUCACUUUGGAAUUCAAAGAUCUGCUCAAUCUGUUCAUGCAAAGGCCUCUUUCUAUACUCUUUGGAUGUGCUUCUCAAUACACAAUUAUGCCAGCUUUUGGAUUUGUGAUAAGCAAAUUGUUGGGGCUCUCACCGUCUCUUUCGGUUGGUCUGAUAUUGCUUUCUUGUUGUCCUGGAGGUACCGCCUCUAAUGUGGUGACCUUGCUUGCCCAAGGAGACGUACCAUUGUCCAUAGUAAUGACGGUAUGUAGCACUCUUGCAGCGGUGUUUCUUACUCCACUUUUGGCUAAAGUUUUGGCCGGAACUUAUAUUCAUGUCGAUGCCAUCAAAAUUUCCAUCAGCACCAUGCAGGUGGUUGUCGCACCCGUUCUGCUGGGAUCUUAUUUGCAGAGCACCUUUCCUAAGGCUGUGAAAACGGCACUGCCUUUUGCACCGCUACUGGCCGUUUUGACCUCAUCGCUACUCGCUUGCAGCGUAUUCUCCGAAAACGUAGCUCGUCUGAAGUCGUCAAUGGUUCUCACAUCAUUAUCAUCUGAUAUCUCUCCCCUUGUUUAUGCUCAAGCCUUUUUGUCAAGCGAAAUGGGAAUGAUUGUGCUUUCGGUGCUCUUACUUCAUUUUGCAGGUUUCUUUGUGGGGUAUAUAGCAGCAGCUCUAGCUGGAUUUAAAGAGCCCCAACGACGGGCCGUGUCCAUUGAGGUUGGAAUGCAGAAUUCAUCAUUGGGCGUGGUAUUAGCGGCAUCGCAUUUUAGCUCGGCUAUGGUUGCAGUACCGCCAGCAGUUUCCGCUGUGAUAAUGAAUAUUAUGGGUAGCAGCUUGGGGUUCUUUUGGAGAUUUGUUGAUCCUUCUGAUCCACAAUGUAGCUCUAAAGAUUGAUGAUCAUGGACCCAAAGGGUUCGAGCAUCCGAGUUACCAGUAGAUCCUUGCUGCGUUGGAGGU